UUAAAUCUCCCACACCACUGACCACUCAUAUCACUCUUUAUUUCUUAUCAUAUCAAAGCCUCUCUACCACUUGGAGGGAUCCAAGUUAAUUAAACCCCCAAUCCCCAAGUUGAAAACACACAAAGGAGAGAGCUCUCCCGUAGAGAAAAAAAUGGAACAAGAACAGCAGAUAAGCAGCAGCAGCAGCAACAGCUCCAGAUGGGAAGGCUAUGUAGACUGGAGGAACAAACCCGCCUUCAGAGGCCGCCACGGCGGCAUGGUGGCGGCGUCCUUCGUGCUGGUGGUGGAGGUGUUGGAGAACUUGGCGUAUCUGGCAAAUGCGAGCAAUUUGGUGAUGUACUUAUCUACAUAUAUGCAUUUAUCUCCAUCCAAAGCUGCCAACAAUGUCACAGAUUUCAUGGGCACUGCUUUCCUUCUCGCCCUUCUUGGAGGUUUCUUAUCCGAUGCCUUUUUCACAACUUAUCACAUCUACUUGAUAAGUGCAGUAAUUGAAUUCCUGGGUUUAGUCCUACUCACAGUGCAAGCCCGCUUGCCUUCACUAAAGCCACCACCGUGCACUCCGGACAAUCCCAACAGUCCAUGCCAAGAAAUUGGUGGUGGAAAAGCCGGGCUGCUGUUCAUAGGUCUAUACAUGGUGGCGCUCGGUGUUGGAGGGAUCAAGGGGUCAUUACCAAGUCAUGGAGCAGAGCAAUUUGAUGAGAGCACACCACAAGGAAGGAAGCAGAGAUCAACCUUCUUCAACUUCUUCGUCUUCUCUCUCGCUUGCGGCGGCCUGAUUGCGGUGACACUAGUGGUGUGGAUUGAAGACAACAAAGGGUGGGAAUGGGGUUUCGGAAUCUCGACCAUCAGCAUAUUGUUGUCUAUACCAGUGUUUCUUGCUGGCUCCACUCUUUACAGGAAUAAGAUACCCUGUGGAAGUCCCCUAACAACCAUUCUAAAGGUCCUGGCCGCUGCCGCACUCAACAAAUGCAUAACCAAGAGCCCAAGCAAUGCCAUUGCAAGCAUGGCCGCUAGCCCUUCUUCUCCGAACCCAAUCAUCAUAAGGCAACCAGACCAGCCUCAAACCGCCAUCGAACUAAAACACUCCACCACCGAAACCCCCACGCAGAGCCUCAAGUUCCUAAACAGAGCCGUCCUCAACAAGCCCCUCCACGACUCGCUCCAAUGCACAGUCCAGCAACUUGAAGAGGUCAAAAUCGUCCUCAAAAUCCUUCCCAUUUUCGCCUGCACAAUCAUGCUCAACUGCUGCCUCGCUCAGCUCUCCACCUUCUCCGUCCAACAAGCCUCCACCAUGGACACCAAGCUCGGCUCCUUCAAAGUCCCGCCCGCCUCCCUCCCCAUCUUCCCCGUCGUCUUCAUCAUCAUCCUUGCUCCACUCUACGACCAGUUUAUCGUCCCCUUCUUCCGAAAAGCCACCAAAUCCGAAAUGGGCAUAUCCCACCUCCAGCGCAUCGGUAUCGGACUAGCCCUCUCCAUAAUCGCAAUGGCCAUCGCCGCCCUCGUCGAAAUCAAGCGGAAGCGCGUGGCGUCACGCGCCGCCAUGCUCGACUCCACCGAGCCGCUGCCCAUCACAUUCUUCUGGAUCGCGCUGCAGUACUUGUUUCUGGGCUCGGCGGACCUGUUCACGCUAGCCGGGCUGUUGGAGUUUUUCUUCACCGAGGCGCCGAGCAGCAUGAGGUCGCUGGCCACGUCGCUCACUUGGGCCUCUCUGGCCAUGGGAUACUACCUCAGCUCCGUCAUCGUCUCCGUCGUGAACGACGUCUCCGGCGAGUUUUCCGACCACAAAUGGCUAGCGGGAAGCAAGUUGAACAGUUAUCAUCUGGAGAGGUUCUACUGGCUCAUGUGUGCGCUCAGUGGGAUGAACUUCUUGCACUACCUGUUCUGGGCCUGCCGGUAUAAAUACAGAACGACGGGGGCAAAUAGGUAAAUUGAUAGUUUAUGGGGGCACAACAGAUAAACUCCUUGGGCUGUAUACGAUAUGGUGCACGUACAGAACAAAACUUGGGCCUUGUGGAGAUGACAUAUUUGGGUCCGUUGAAUCAGAGCCUAGACAAAGUGAAGUCUGUAACUUCAUCUCUCAUGAUAAAUGGUUCAUGAUGUAGAUUUUCCGAUGAACAAUCCUUGUUUAGGUUUUUCAAUUUUGGUUAUCUCUUUACAGUUGUAUAUUAACUCAAAAUCAAGUUGAGUAAGUUUUACCAACACAUGAAAUCAGUGUAUUUCAUAUUGAAAUGAUAUGAUUGACGUAUCUAUCUA